GUUCGUGACAUUUGACGAAGAAACAAUGAAGGAGCCUCUCUUAUCGGGGACAUACUCCAUCCAGAAGCCUUUGGGUCUGUGGAAUUAUCAUUAUCUAAUAGGUAGAGAAGUGAUAAGUCCAAAGUGUCGUAUAGACCUUCAAAUAGCAAAGGAGCAUUACGGUUGGGAGAUUCGAUUAAGUUGUCUCCAAGUCCCAAAUUCGAAUACCGUUUUGGAAAUUCAAGACGUUUAUCGAAAAUUCCUUAAAACAAGUGUGUUUGGUUACCCAGCUGAGGUGUUUUGGAAUGUUCGGGGUCAAAAUGGUCUAUUUGCCCAAGUCACAAUUGGAACAUUGGGAACUUUUGACAUCAAAGGAGACUUUUCACAAGGAGGAAUGAGUCUUUCCAUUCUCAAUAAAGGCUCAGGACGAUCUUUGAGAGAAUUCUGGACCAAGCGGAUGACUGAAGAUGGAUUGUACUCAAUGGCAGCGUCCAAGAUUAGCUCUCUGCAUGAGGGUCGGAGGCAUAGUUUACAAAUUGCCAAGUCUGGUGAUGACGUCACAAUAAGUGGAGCAGCUUUUAAAACGACGAAAUUUCGAAUGGACGAAGACUUCGACUUCAAAUUGAAAGACGAUUUGAAGAAAGUAAAUAUGAAGCGAUUUGGACCAGCAAGAUAUCUGAUUGGGUUAAAAGGCAAUUCAGAAAAUGAGGAAAAAUGGAUUGCCUCAUUUCACGGAACAAAGCUCAUUUUGGAUGGACGUAGUUUGAAGCAACCCAUGGAUACCCGAUAUAUUUGGAUUAAGCGACCCCUAUUUGUAGGAACGUUUAAUCUCGUUCAAGCAAUGGGUAUCUCUAAAUAUGGUGCGUUUUGUCGAUUCCCUCCAAUCUUGAUCACGACAAUGAAGCAUCAAUUGGGUUCAAAUUGGGUCUUUGAUAUUUGUGAUGGAAAGAUCUUGAUCGAGUCCACUUCGGUUUUGGUGCCUUUUUCCCGUUCCUUCUUUCUCGGACAAGAAUUCUUGGCCAAUCUUCCUGGCUUCACCGAUCCUUUCACGGUCAAUGGAACCCUUUACAGCGAUUUGAUGACCUUCACGAUGGCAAAUCCUAAGAUAUCAUUCCUUAUGACCAUGAAGUUUACUUCAAAUUUUGCCGUCUUCACGAAUCAGAUUCAAGGGACAACUAUCUCGUACAAGCUAUUGUUCCAAAGAAUCAUGAAUCCCUUCUAAAUUUCAAAAUGGAACCCUAAAUUACCUUUCAACUCCCCCCGUGGAACAUGGUGUAAGCCUGUCUUCCCUGGCGCCUUUGUCCAUUCAAUUUCAAGGAUUACCUCCUUUUUCCAUCACUCUUUCUUUGCCUCCUCCCCGNCCCCCCCCCCAAAUUCUUCAGUUCCACUCUUUGUGAAUGUCCAUUUAUGUGUUCCACAUCCGCCCUCUGAACUGAUCGUCACAGAGUUGCAACACCAUUUAGAAGAAGAAAAAACCAGCUUUGGAACUGCUUUGGACCCUUGUAUUGCAAACGUCAUAUUUUUACAUUUACCGUUUUUUGGACCACUUGACAGAUCUGUAAAAGUUUUAUUAGCCUAAUGGGACCCCAAAACAAGUUUCCAAGUCUCCACUAUGGAAUUCUAUGAUGGGCGUUAGAAAUAUGUUUGAGUGCUUGUAGCCUGGGUGUCAUUUUAAGAGAGCAUAAAUAUCCAUUUGAAUUGGCAA